CCAAACAAUCACCCAAAUCAACUCACCCUUCUUUCCCCACACUUCACUGCUUUGCCCCACUUGCAAUCUUUACCAAAUAUGCAGACGCUACUCCAGCCAGCCAUUCGCUCUGCCGCGGCGGCGGCAGCAGCAGCAGCUACGGCUGUGAGGGUAGGUCCAACGCUUCCUCUCCUCCAACGCCACCGAAUAACAAAUAACCGACCACUUUAUCCUUCUAAUUGUCCGCGAAAAUUCACGCAAUUAAUCUCAUUCCCUUGCGCUUCAUUGUCUUAUGAUCCUCUAAAUAGCAGAUAUUCGAAGCUCUCUUUCAUCAAAACAAACGCUUCUUCUCCAGUUUCUCCCGCUUUUACUCCGUCAAACGACGAGGCGGAGAGGGCCAAGCUCGCUCAGGUUGCAAAGAGAUUGGAGAGUACCUCCAAGUAUUUCAAGCGGCUAGGUAGUUUAGGGUUUUGGGGGCAACUAAUAUGCACAGUGGUAGCAGCUGUGAUUCUUUCAUUUUCUGUUGUGAUCACUGGGAAGAUCUCGUCCCCCGCUACUUUUUAUGCUACUGCUGGGGGGAUCGCAGCUGCAUUCAUUUCCGUGUUUUGGUCAUUUGGGUAUAUUAGGCUUUCUGAGAAGCUCCGGAAAACUGCUAAUGACCCUUCCAAGGCACCACCUCGAGUUGAUGUCGUGAAAAGCUUAAAAAAUGGAAUAGUAGUGAACCUGUUAGGAAUGGGUGCUGCUAUUCUUGGCAUGCAAGCAACAGUGGGAUUGCUGGUUGCAAAGGCUCUAACAUCCUCUGUAAACCCUUAUUAUCAGGGGACCUCUCCUGGCUACAGUCCAGUUCUUGCAUUGGACGUAUUCUUGGUGCAGGCAUCCGCAAACACCAUCCUUUCUCAUUUUCUUGGGCUCGUUUUCUCGCUGGAGCUGUUGCGCUCCGUAACAUUGCCAGCUGCAGAGAGCAUUCCAAUUCCAAGAGUAGCGUAAAAUUUCUUGUACCAAAUGUCAAAUGAAAAACAUGAUUUUGUAGCCAAACUAUUGAACCUUCAACACAAGGUUAUGAUAAAUUUCAGAAAAGUGUGCAUUUCUAGAAUUUGAGGUGUUGUAAAGCACCAUCACAUGUGAAAAUUUAAUUGAUUUCCAAUAUUUGAGUUGGUUUCUUGAUGGAUAAAUUAGAGGUAUGUCCAAUAUAUUAGGGCCUGUUUGUUAUCCUUGUAUCUA